AUGCAAGCUGAGGACUGGCUUAAAGCUGUGGAGAAACAGCUGGUCAUUGCUCAGUGCAAUGACAGGGAGAAGGUUCUGUAUGGCUCUGGACAUCUACAUGGAGCCGCACAGGACUGGUGGGACUCAUACUGCUUCGCGCAUCAGGACCCAUACACCAUCACCUGGGAUGAGUUCAAGGCUGCCUUCAAGACUCAUCAUGUUCCUGCCGGUUUGGUGAAGUUGAAGGAGUUUCUGUCUCUGAAACAGGGCUCUAUGACUGUGUGCGAGUAUCACGACAAGUUCACUCAGUUGUUGCGUUAUUGUCCGAAUGAGGUGGAAAACGAUGAAGACAAGCAAGAUCACUUCCUAGAAGGUCUGAAUGACGGCCUAUCUUACAUGAUGUCAAAUGUCAAGUAUGCUAGCUUCCAAGAGAUGGUGGACAGGGCAUUGGUGCUUGAGAGCAAGCGCCGCAAGAUGGAAGACAAGAAGAGGAAGUGUAACUCCUCUCAGCAGAAGAACAACAACAAUGGAAGGGUGAAUCAUGUGAAGCUAGAAACUGCUGAGGAGGCUCCAGAUGUGAGAAGAUGGUUAGAAUUGAUCAAGGAUUAUGAACUGGAGAUCCAUUACCACCUUGGCAAAGCUAAUGUAGUUGCUGAUGCUCUGAGUAGAAAGAGUCAAGUGAAUAUGUUGGAAGCCACGGAGUUACCAAUGGAGCUACUGGCAGAAUUUGAAUAUCUCAACUUGGGGUUUGUUGCCAACACCCAAGGUACUUCUAUGGAUAUAGAACCAACUCUAGAGCAAGAGAUCAGGAAGGGCCAGAAAGAUGAUGAAGAGAUCAAAAAGAUACUAAAGCUGCUAGAGGAAGGUAGAGCACCUGGAUUUAGAGUUGAUCAGGAAGGAAUUGUUUGGCACAAGGACCGAUUGUGUGUGCCCGAUAUUCAGAGAAUCAAGGAUGUGAUACUGAAGGAGUGCCAUGAGUCUUCUUACUCUAUUCAUCCAGGAGGUACUAAAAUGUACUAG